AUGGAUUUGAAGAUGUAAGUAUGUUAGUUAUUGGAGAAUAUUGAUAGGGUAAUUGAAUUAAUGGAGAGAUUGAUGAGGACUUAAUUGGGAACACUCAAAUAAGAAGAUCAAGAAAAACAAAAAGUUGAUCCAACAUAUUAAUUUGAAUAAUUAUUAUUUUAUAAUCAUUAAUCAUAAUAGUAUAGUUUUUGGAGUGAAUUAUGUUAGAUUUGA